AAGCGUCUGGCUCGGUGAAACACUUCGGCUGCUUGUCCAGCCAAGAAUGAGUUUGUCUGCGCUUGCUGUGUGCGCUGGAACUGCAGUCUCCUCUGCCGACACUUUCUCCUCAUCUGUAAAAAGUCUCUAACAACCUCCAUUUAGGAGCAAAGUGAAGCUGCGAUGGAGUGUUGAACUUUUGUUUCCCAAGUGACUUCCAUUAAAUGGCGCAGCAUGACUUUGCUCCAGCCUGGCUCAACUUUCCUACACCUCCAUCCUCCACUAAGCCAUUUCUGUACAGCGAUAAGCAUUCUGAAGGUUUAGGACGGUCAGACUGUGCUUUCAAUGUAAACAGACAACGUCAUUCUUCUUCAGACGCCUUUGACUCUGCCAUUGGUCGCCCUCAUGGUGGGAACCUUGCAAAAAGAGAAAAAAUUGCCUGGCGCCCCCAGAGCAGGGCCGGAGCUGAACCGACAUGGCAGCGUGAUACCAGCCCCCAUCCUUAUAGUAUGAAGAGCCAGUUGCACAGUGAGAACAACACUUCUGAAAUAGACCUGCCCAGGAAAGUGGAUCGAGAAGAACGCAAGAUGUUUGAAGUUGAAGACUUUUCUUCCCUAUAUCCUGAACACGAGAGAGGAAAGAAUUCAUUUGCUGCGGGACUAUGGGAGUAUCCAGUGAGUGAUAGAUCCAGAUCCUCUCAAAUGCUGGGAAUUAAGAAGGGUGUGAAGGACGAUUUCUCUCUAUCUGGUUACUCUAUAGCAGCUGGUAACCAAAGCCUACCAGGGAAGCACUGGGCAGGGAUCAAAAAGGAAGAGUGUAAAUCUCUAACAAAAGAAAGCAGCAUCGGAAGCAGUUUUUAUCAAGACUGUCCUCAUGAAAAGUAUAGACCAAAUACAUCUCUACACGCAGAGCUGCUGGCAGUGACUCCAUGCUCACUGGAAGGGGAGGAAGAUACCAACUUGAACAACCGAAAUGGCUCUUGUCCUGAAAGGGACAUAAACCUUAAUUUCGACGAGAAUAAGAUCUCCGAGGAUAAUGGGAACACCCUGAUGUCAGGACAGAUCUCUUCUGCUUACCCACCAGAUGGUGUUCUUUCUAGCUCACUUGAAGCAGAGUUUAGGCUGUUGAGAGAAAUGGGUUGGCAAGAGGACAGUGAGAAUGAUGAGACCUGUGCGCCACUAACAGAAGAUGAAAUGAAGGAAUUCCAGGCUAUCAGUGAGCAGCUGCAAAAAAAUGGCUUACGGAAACACGUAUUCCUGAGAAAUGCGCUUGCUCUCGAUCUGUUCCACGAUUCGGUGCAGAAAGAAGACUCCGAGACCAGCAGCAGCAGUGACACCUCUGAUGAUGAGUGAAUUACUUGUAAUUGUAGUGCAAAACAUCUCACAGCAUUUUCUACCCUUGGGAAACGGUCACUGGGAGUCGCUAAACAUUCCCACGAGCAGAAAUGCCAUACUGCCCUCUGAACUUGCCCGGCCGGGCACACACUCUCUGAGGAGCAGUCGGGCUGCCAGGUGAAAGGAGCUUUCGUUCUGUAUAGCACAGUUUCUGUUUCAAACAAAAUGGCACUUUAAUUUUGUUCUUUUCUCUCGUUUUAUUUUCCAGCAAGCGCUGUAGCGUGUGUAUUAGGCAUCGUUUUUUGUCUUUUGCUUUGUGUGUUUGGAAGCGUCACUGAUUUAAAAGUUACACAUUGUUUUGCUGUUUUCACAUAGAUUUUCACAGUUAAGGUUUGACUUGUGUUGCAGAAAGAAGCCAGGUUUGUGGAUAUGGACAAUGACUUGAUUCAAAAUAAACAUAUUUUGAUAUUUAAA